AUGACCGAGGAGGCCGCGCCCGACUACCGCGAGUUCAUGAGGCGCGUGGUGGAGCCCGGGGAGGCGGCCGACCAGGCGAUGGCAGCCAACCAAGAGGAGACAAAGAUGAACUCGGACGUGAGCUCGAAGGAGUACCAGGAGAUCAUGAGGUGGCUCACCUCAAUCCACCGUGGCUCAGGUCACAGCUCGAAGGCCUCCAUGCUGAACGCACUUCGGAGGAAGGGCGCCAGCCCACAGGUGCUACAGGUGGCUGAGGACUUCCACUGUGACGCUUGCGAAGAGGCGCACAAGUUCAAGCCCACACAUCCGCCGGUCAGCUUAGAAGCCAUCCCGCCGAAGUGGAAGCACAUCCAGGCGGGCCAGUUUGAAUGGGAGCACCCGCAGACGAAGGUUAAGUCCAAGAUCUCCCUGAUCAUAGACGAGAACUGCCGGGUGCGCGUCAGCAAGCUACUGUACCACAUGGUUGGCGAGGACCGGCACAGGAAUCCCGUGUGGGCCGACCUCAAGCAGUUCUAUGAGGAGCGCUGGAUGCCCUACUUCGGCAAGCCACAGAGGGUGAAGGUGGACCCCGAGGGCUCCUGGAUGUCCAAGCAGGCGGCUGAGUACUUUGAUUCCGACUCCAUCGCGUACGAACCCAUACCUGGCCAAGCCCAUUGGCACAUCUCCCUCGCCGAGGAGGCCAUCCAGGCCACCAAGGGGACCAUGGACAAGUUGGUGACGGAGAACCCCGAGAUGACGACGGAGGAAGCCCUGGCCAGAGCGACCGCAGCUGGGAACUCACGAGAAGAUGUCCGAGGACACUCACCCCUUCAACAUGCCCUCGGGCGAGCACCAGACCUGGACGGACACUUCUUUGAGAGCGACUUCGACGAACUGCCCUACGUGGAGGCCCAGAGGGUCGACAAGGAGUUCGGGGAGAACUACACCAGGAUGUAUGCUGCCGAGCAGGAGUACCUGAGGCAAGUCUACAUGCGACGCAUCAGCAGGGCAGAGAACGCGAAGAAUCAGGCGGUGAAGUCCGUGGUGCCAGGCAUGUGGGUGCGCUACUUCCGGAAGGAGAAGGGUGAAGCCAAUGGCCGAUUCAAAGGGCUCGCGAGGGUCCUGGCCACAGAGACGGCGCGGCCGGUGGACGGGGACCUUGGCGAAGGACGGGCCUUGCACCCUGGGCGUGCAGGAUCUGUGGUGUGGCUUGUACGAGCCGGGCGUAUCAUCAAGGUGGACCUCUGCCGGAUCCGGGCAGCCUCCAUACGGGGGAUCGCCUACGCAGAGCUGAUGGGAGGCAAAGACACGCCCUGGACAGUCCACACCUUCAUGAACCAGACGAUGAAGCACGAAUACCUAGACUUCACGGGCCACGACCCCACCGAGGACGACAUGGAGGAGCAGAUGAAGGAGAACAUGGCCCUCAUGGCGAAGUCCACUCCAGACGCCCGGGCCUUUUGGGCUCGUCAGGGCACGUCACUGGAGGUCUCCGUUGAGGUUCCCCUGGGAGGGAAGCCGCUCAAGCAGGCCACGCGGCGCACGAGUACCUACAUGGCGGGCCAGCUGCGAAAGGGCAAGCGCGAGAUCUCGGAAAGAACGUUGACCCCGGACGAGGUGGCGAAGUUCGGCCAGGCGAAGGCCACGGAGGUGAACAACUACAUUGUGUCUUCGGUGCUGGAGACGCUCCCACCAGGCGUGACUCCGCCUCCCGAGGACGUCAUGCGCAUGAGGUGGAUCCUCGAGUGGAAGGUGGACGAGAACACGGGCACGAAGAAGCCGAAGGCAAGGCACCUGGUGCAGCAGACGAUGGCGUGGUUGGGCUUCGAAGGCUACAAAGCGGACGUGACGGGGGCUUUCACGCAGAACAGAGAGAUCCAGCAUGACCCGUUCGUGAUGCCUGUGAAGGAGCUCGCGGCGGCGCUGGGGAUGCCCGAGGGCGUUGCGAUGCGGCUCAGGAAGGCGGUCUACGGGCUCGUGGAAGCAGCGAUCGAGCGGUUCAUGACCGUGAGCGAGGCACUGGAGGAGUUCGGCUGGGAUAACGGCUUCACCAAGGAGGCGCUGAAGGACUUAACGAACCCAGAGGUGAUCGGGGACCUGAUCGCGGCGAAGGGGGACAUGGACAUCAUAGCCAUUGCGGGGUCGCACGUGGGCGACUUCCUGCUCGGUGGCAACGACACGGACCCCCGGUGGAUCACCGCCCGGGAACAGAUUGAGAAGCGCUUCAAGUGGAAAGCCUGGGAGUCAGAGGAGUUCAUGCAGACGGGGGUGCGGAUCAAGCAGCAGCCCGACAGGAGCUUCCGCAUGGACCAGAGCGAGUAUGUGAAGACCAUCGAGAAGGCGCACCUCACCCCGGAGCGCAAGAAGGCCAAGGACAUGCCGACCACCGACAAGGAGAAGGGCCAGCUGAGGGCUAUCUUAGGGGCCAUCGGGUGGAGAUCCGAGCAGUCAGGCCCCAUGCACUCGGCCGACACGAGCCUUCUGCUCAGCACCAUGCCAUCGUCCACCGUGCAGACCAUCAACGAGACCAACCGCCUGGUCGAUCGUGUCCGUGAGUGUGCUGAUCUACCCGCAGUGAUACACAGCCACUCUCAGGCACAGGUGCUGGUGCCAGUGGAGUGGUCCGACUCCUCCGAGGCCAACCGUCCCGACGGAAAGUCCACGAAGGGCCCGGUGGCGGGGCUGGCACCUUUGAGGGUCCUCAGGGGAGACGAGGCGGACGUGAUCCUCAUAUCCUGGAACUCCGGGAAGAUUGAUCGUGGUUGCCGCAGUUCCGUGGCAUGUGAGACACGCUCCGCCGUGGAUGCUGAGGGCGAGCUGUUUGGCAUCAAGUUGCAGUGGCUAGAGAUCCUAGGCAACAACAUCGACUGGAGGAAGCCCGAGGGGAUUCUACGCAGACUGCCAGGAGCAGUGGUUGUGGAUUCAAAGGGCCUGCACGACAAGCUGCAGACGACGGUCUACACCUUCCGGGGCAAGGAGAAGCGGACCGACGUGGAGGCCAUGACCCUGAAGGAGGGGACGCAGGGGCACGAGCCAGGCCAGCUGCGGAUGUAUUUCAACAACGGGCAUCGCUGGAAGCUGGUCUACGACGAGAAGUACCAGAGUGCACGGAUGAGGAAGGCCGCUGGAAUCCAGCCGUUCGAGCACGUGGGAGCGGGCGUCCUCAAAACGCCAGGCGGGACAAUGGCCCACAUCAGCGCAGCUGCGUGCCCAGACUUCCCGCCAUAUGAGGCCAUGACCGAGUGCAGAUCAGACGAGGAGGCGGACUCAAGGAUGCUCAGCUUGGAGGACCCUUAUCCGUGCAAUUCCGAGGACUUCGACAAGUUCAACAAGGCUACGGAGAUUUAUGGCGCCCUUUUUGGAUCGUUAGAGCUGCUAUUCCUGCUGAUAGUCAUCAUCGUCUGCCUUUACUUAUACUUAAUGAUGUUCGUUACGGAGGAAAAGGCAAAAACACAUCUCGCCAAAGAGCAGGUUCGCAAGUGGUGGGCGAGCGGUGGGAGGUUGAUCUUCGUUGGACUGCCGAUUCUGACGCUGUACUCUUCCUGGCUGUUGCUAAUGGCUGUCACGAUGUAUUUCGAGUGCAACUUCGAUGAUUUAGGUGACGGCCCGUUCGACUAUGGUUGCAUGAAGCAUUGGUUGACGCUGCCCAUUGUUGCAUUCCUGGCGUUCACGAUCAUACACAAGAGUUUCCACAUAGCGGGAUGGGUUGAGAACGAGAACGGGCCCAUGCCCGUAUCAGAGUCCAUGUCAGAGGACAGCUGCUCAGAGGACUCCAGCUGA